AUGUAAAUCAACUAACCUCUCUUAUCCUCUGCCCCUCCCCUGCAUUUCAAACAGAGUCCUCUGUUUAGUGCUCCCUACUACAAUGCCAUUAUCAUCAUCACCACCCUCUAAUUUCUUUCAUAUGGUUCCUAUAUUAUGUCUUCUUAUACUAUCACUCACAAUCUUUUCUUCUAAUGCUCAGGGUCCACCUUCACCUGGCUACUACCCUAAUUCCAAAAUUAGUCCUAUUUCCUUUAGUCAAGGCUUUAGAAACCUUUGGGGACCUCAACAUCAAAAAUUGGACCAAAACUCAUUAACAAUAUGGCUUGACUCCAACACAGGUAGUGGAUUCAAGUCACUUCACUCAUAUAAAUCUGGAUACUUUGGUGCUGAUAUUAAGCUUCAACCUGGCUAUACUGCUGGAGUUAUUACUUCUCUCUAUCUUUCAAAUAAUCAAGAUUUUCCAGGAAACCAUGAUGAAGUUGACAUUGAGUUUCUUGGCACAACACCAGGUAAGCCAUAUGUGUUGCAGACAAAUGUAUAUAUCAAAGGAAGUGGAGAUAGGAAUGUUAUAGGAAGAGAGAUGCAGUUUCAUCUUUGGUUUGACCCAACUCAAGAUUUUCACAACUAUGCUAUUCUAUGGAAAGCCAGUGAGAUAAUAUUUUUAGUAGAUGAUGUUCCCAUAAGAAGGUAUCCUAGGAAAAGUGAUGCCACCUACCCUUCAAGACCAAUGUAUGUGUAUGGUUCAAUUUGGGAUGCAUCUUCUUGGGCAACAGAAGAUGGAAAAUACAAAGCAGAUUAUAGAUACCAACCCUUUGUUGGAAGGUACAAAAAUUUCAAAUUACAAGGUUGUACCACACAAAGCCCUUCCUCAUGUCAAUCUCCCUCUGGCUCUCCAUCUGGCUAUAGUAGCCUUAGCCCUCAACAAUAUAUGGCUAUGCAAUGGGUCCAAAAUAAUCAUAUGGUGUAUAAUUAUUGUCAUGACCCUAGAAGAGACCACAAUCUUAUCCCUGAGUGUUAAGGUUGUUGGAACCCGGAUGCCCUUCGGUCAAGAUUCUUCGCAUUUACACAAUCGGAACAUCAGUAGUCGUCUAAUCAAAAUUCAGUUCACAUUUAAAAUAUAAAUAGGACUUCUUUGCAUUGUCUCAUCUUGAUUGAGGACUAUUGAUGUUUCAACUGAGUGUGAAUUUCUAAAUUCUAAGUGUGUCGUCCAGAGUGUGAAUUUCUAUUCGAAGUUGAUAUUAUAUUAUAUAUUCAACAAACUCUCACCUAUAUUUUUCAAUACACUCUCGUUAAUUGAAAUUUAUACAGGUCCAUUAAAAUUAUGCUCGACCACAUAAUUUAAUGCGAUCUUAUAUUUCAAUAUGUAGAAAGAAGUGUGUUGAAAAGUGUACGUCGAAGAGUGUGUGUUACUAUUGAUACUCUCUACACUUAAUAUUAUAGUUGUGAAAGUUUGUUUUCAAGGGUUUUUUGUGAUGGUCCCGCUAGCUAAGUGUAAUUGCAAGAGCGGUUGAACGUCCAAACUCUUUUAUGAUUGGAAUGUUUUUGUUGUAUUUGUGUGUGUUUGAUGAAAUAAAUUGAUUCUGAUGCUUUUCUAAA